AUGUCCAACUCGGAUAGACCCUCAGGGGAAACAGAUGUCCGGCAGCUCCUGAAACUCUACAGAACUGAGAUCUCUAUGGCAGUGGAUGACACUUUCCCGCUGCUCCAUGGCCUGGCCGAUCAUGAUGUCAUCACAGAGGACAAGUUCAAGGAGACUCAGAGCCUGAGAGAAAAAGAAGGCUGCCACAAGGCCCUCCAUGCCCUGCUCAGCUGGCUCCUGGGGAGGGACUCAGCAUCCAUACGAGGCUUCUGGACCGUGCUGUUUAAGGACUACAACCUAGAGAGAUAUGGGAGGUUACAGGCCAUUCACAACAGCUUCCCCAAAGACGUGGACCUCAGCCGAGGCCACAAGGGGAGGAGACCCCCAGCCAGCCUGAAGGUCUCAAGCACCUACAGACUCCAGGGGAAGAGGAAGGGCCUUGAAGAAAAGGAGCUCCCUCAACCAGCCUCCCAGUCCCUAAGAUGUGCUUCUAGUCCAGGACCUCCCCACAAGGUGAAGCCUCCAAAGAAGCCAGAGAACCCAGAGCCCCCACGCUUCCCUCUGGGAAAUGGAAUUCGGAGUGUGUCUGCAUCGGUGCAGAGGGCUGUGGCUGUGGCCUCCAGUGAGCUCCCAGGCACCUGUGGGGCAGUGGAGGGUGUCCUUAUCAAACAGGUGUUUGAGUCAGGAGGCUCCAAGAAAUGUAUCCAAGUUGGGGGAGAGUUUUAUACACCAGGUAAAUUUGAGGAGCCCAGUGGAAAGAACAAAACAAGAAGCCCGAAGCCACCAACACGAACCAAAGCUACCCAAGCACCCCAAAACGGCAGAGCAGAGCUGCAGCUGAGCCAACAGCACAGUGUGCCUGCCACUCCAGCCCAGCCCCCAGAGCUGCACCUCCACCAGAAGAACGAUGAUGAGUGUGCUGUGUGCAGAGAUGGUGGGGAGCUGAUCUGCUGUGAUGGUUGUCCCCGAGCCUUCCACCUGGCCUGCCUAGAACCACCAUUGACAGAGAUUCCCAGUGGAAUGUGGCGGUGUGGAUGCUGCAUAGUUGGGAAGUUUAAGAAAAGUAUUGAUCAGCUGGAGAGUGUGUCCCUCCCACCUCAGCUGCCAAGGCCUAAGCUGCCUCAGGAAGUGCAGAAGCUCUCAGCUGAGGAGAGGUGUGGAGUCUGCCAAGGAAGUGAGGAUGUGCUUCACUGUGCCCAGUGCUCCAGGGCCUUCCACUGGCACUGUCAUUUCCCAGCCAACUCCAGCAGGACAGGGGGGAUUGUCAAGUGCAAACUCUGUUCACAAGACCCUGCCCUCACUCCUGGAGAGGAUACUCUGAGCCCUAGCAUCUCAGCCCUGGAGUCUGUGAAGGUCUUUACCAAGCUCAUCAAUCUACUGAGACUUCCUAAGCCCUGCCUAAAUGCCUAUGCCCUGAAAGGUGUCUCCCCAGACUUUCAAAGGGAGCUUCCAACAAAGCCCCUUAGGGCCUGUGGGGCCAGCACCAAGGUGAGUGGAGAUUCUUCUCGGAAUGAGACCAUUCUGAACAAAGAUGAGCUGGACUCACUUCUGGGAGAGAACUCCUUUGAUGGAAUCCUGCAGUGGGCAUUCCAGAACAUGUCUCGCCCCCUCUCUGAGGCCCAGAGCUUUUUCUCUUAG